AUGUCGCCCUCGCUCUACCACAAGGAGUUCGCCCGCGCCGGGCAGCAGAGCGGCCUCCAGGUGUGGCGCGUGGAGCGGCUGGAGCUGGUGCCCGUGCCUCCCGGCUGCCACGGAGACUUCUUCGUGGGCGACGCGUACCUCGUGCUGUUCACGGUGCGCCGCGGAGCCACCGCCGCCUUCCGCCUGCACUACUGGCUCGGGAAAGAAUGUACCCAAGAUGAAAGCACGGCUGCGGCAAUUUUUGCUGUUCAGAUGGAUGACUACUUAGGAGGAAAGCCUGUUCAGAGCAGAGAAAUUCAAGGAUAUGAGUCUACUGAGUUUGUGGGAUAUUUCAAAGGAGGAAUUAAGUACAAGACAGGGGGGGUUGCCUCUGGAUUCAAGCAUGUUAUUACUAAUGAUCUGAGUGCCCGGAGACUUCUACAUAUCAAGGGCCGGAGAGUAGUGCGAGCCACAGAAGUUCCUCUUGCUUGGACCAGCUUCAACAAAGGAGAUUGUUUCAUUAUUGACCUUGGAGCUGAAAUCUAUCAGUGGUGUGGCUCAGCAUGCAAUAAAUACGAGCGUCUGAAGGCUACUCAGGUUGCUGUUGGCAUUCGGGACAAUGAGCGGAAUGGAAGGUCGCAGUUGAUUCCCGUGGAAGAAGGAAGCGAACCCGAGCAGCUUAUUGAGGUUUUAGGAAAAAAGCCAGAGCUUCCUGAGUGUAAUGAUGAUGAUGAUGAGACAGCUGAUAUUAUGAACAGGAGGAGUGCUAAAUUGUAUAUGGUGUCGGACGCAAGUGGAUCCAUGAAGGUGUCAGUGAUAGCAGAGGAAAACCCUUUCUCCAUGUCCAUGCUCUUGUCUGAAGAGUGCUUCAUUUUGGACCAUGGUGCUGCAAGGAAGAUCUUUGUGUGGAAAGGCAAAGAUGCUAACCCACAAGAGAGAAAGGCAGCCAUGAAGAAUGCUGAGGAAUUCAUUCAGCAGAUGAAUUAUCCUGCCAACACACAGAUUCAAGUUCUUCCCGAAGGAGGUGAAACACCAAUCUUCAAACAGUUUUUCAAAGACUGGAAGGAUAAAGAUCAAAGUGAUGGCUUUGGAAAAGUUUAUGUCACAGAGAGAGUGGCUAAAAUUGAGCAGAUUGAAUUUGAUGCUACCAAGUUACAUGAGUCUCCACAGAUGGCUGCCAAACAUAAUAUGGUUGAUGAUGGUUCUGGGAAAGUAGAGAUCUGGCGUGUUGAAGACAGCGGCAGAGUUCCUGUGGAGCCUGAGACAUACGGGCAGUUCUAUGGGGGUGACUGCUAUAUUAUACUCUAUACUUACCCUAAAGGGCAGAUCAUCUACACGUGGCAAGGAGCUCAGACUACAAAAGAUGAACUGACUGCAUCUGCAUUUCUGACUGUUCAGCUUGAUCGGUUAUUGAAUGGUCAGGCUGUGCAGAUCCGAGUCAGCCAAGGCAAAGAGCCCGCACAUUUACUGAGCUUGUUCAAAAAUAAACCCCUCAUUAUUUACAAGGAUGGGACUUCAAAGAAGGAAGGUCAGAAACCUGCUCCCCCAACACGACUCUUCCAAAUCCGCAGGAACCUGACAUCCACUACCAGGAUUGUGGAGGUUGAUGUUGAUGCAGCAUCACUGAACUCCAACGAUGUCUUUGUUCUGAAACUGCCAAACAACUCUGGCUACACCUGGGUUGGAAAAGGAGCAAACAAAGAUGAGGAACAAGGAGCUCAGUACAUUGCCAGUGUUCUUAAAUGCCAGGCUCCUAAGAUUAAUGAAGGCCAGGAACCGGGGGAAUUCUGGAAGGCACUUGGAGGUAAAAAAACCUAUCAGACAUCAUCACAACUCUUAACAAAGACUGAAGAUCAUCCACCUCGUCUGUAUGGCUGUUCUAAUAAGACGGGCAGAUUUAUUAUUGAGGAAGUCCCAGGAGAAUUCACUCAGGAGGAUUUAGCUGAAGAUGAUGUCAUGUUGCUGGAUGCUUGGGAGCAGGUUUUCAUCUGGAUUGGGAAAGAUGCUAAUGAAACUGAGCGACAGGAGUCUGUUAAAUCAGCCAAGCGCUACAUUGAAACAGAUCCUUCUGGAAGAGAUAAGGGGACCCCCAUUGUUAUUGUGAAGCAAGGAUAUGAACCCCCGACAUUCACAGGCUGGUUCCUGGCCUGGGAUUCCAAUAAAUGGAAAAACUGAUCUGCCCAGGAACGCCUCAACUUCAAGCCAAAGAAUGAUCAGAGCACAGCUAGUAUUUUUAAGCAUAAGCUUGUGCAUCUGUUGUUACUCUUUCUCCAGCUUUGAUAUAUUUCUAUGAAUAACCCAGAAAUUCUCAGCUCUCAGAAGGCUAAAUGCUAAUGGUGAAUGUGUCAGAUGGGCUGGGUGGGGCUCUGCAUGUAGUAAAGAGCAAAGCUCCACUCAUACUUUGGUUAAUUUAUGAAUCCUUCAAACAAAUACCAUAGAUGAUUUUAUUGUAAUUUUAUGUGCUAAAAUGGAAGCGUGCCUUCAUUUAAAAAUUCAAGCUAAUGCCAAAGAAAUUGCUUUAGAUUAAGGUCAGCAUAUUUUUGCACAGAAUUUGGCCCAAUAAAGCACUAGCUCUGUUGCAAGGCCAAGACUGCAAUAACAGACCAAAAUAUGCUCAGUUAUGUAAAACUUCAAAGGAUGCUUGAUCCAGAGUGAGAGCUUUGUCGUGCAGGGGACAGAUACAGGCUGCUCACUUUGAUGAAGCUACAUGCAUCAUGUUUACUUUGUAGACUCCAUCUGCUAAGUUGAUGCAUUUUGAGCUUAUGUAUGAUUGCAAGAAUGUGAUGUCAACGAAGGCUUCUGCAAAGGACUGCAGGGGUUUCUUUAGAUCUUUGGCUUCUUUAGAUCUCUCAGGAUAAGCCAGCCUCCAGUGCCAGGCCUCUUAACCACAGCUCUUAAACACAUGCUAAUCUGCUACUGCCUCUAAAUGGUAGCAGAAGUGGUACCUCUAUAAAUACUUACUCUGCCUUCCUUGGAUUUCAGUGAAGCUACAGUUGGUUUCAAUUGCCUUACUCUGCAGUGCUCAUUAUAAACUGCUGUGCAGCUCUUUUCCAGCAUAUAGACUGCUCACAUUAUAAGGUACAGGAUAUGUUUCUACUCAUUUUCUGUAAUAAGUCUUAGACAUAUACCAACCACCUCAACCCUCUUCUGUCUCAGUAGCAUUUCACAACCUGGGAAUAUGGAGUUUUGAGUAUGUACCAUAGAAUAUGGCCCUUUCUUUCCCUCAGACACAGUUAUUUUAGCUUACUUUUAUUCUGGUGAAUCUAAGAGUAGACUUUCAAAGUGUUUUUUUUUUAUUGUAGUUUAGCCAAAAAAGUCUCCUUAAAGGCAGUGAGGAAAAUUCUGCUUUGAAUUUUUAUCUUCAACAUUUCUUUGGAUACUUACCCCAUAAUGCUUGUUUUAGAAAACAAGUUGUAUAGCUGUCGAUCAUGUUAAUGUGGCUUUUUAAUAAAGGCAUUUUAUACUUUUAAGUUAAUUUGGAAAAUGA